AUGAAGGCGCCGCUCCCAGCGACUUUCUUUCUCAAGACCUCGUCCCUGAUCUUCCAUCUGCGUUCGUUGAUUUCUUUGAUUUCAGAGAUGCAUUUUGCCAUCUCCAUCCUUCAGGUGCUUCAUGUCCUGAUGUCCAGCUCUGCGACUCAGCUUCAGCCUGAGCCGGAGGCCGGAUCCCUGUUGCAAACCCGACCCCAGCAAGCACACCUGCUGGCCUCAAAAGCAGGCCAACCAAUCUCCCCCCUACCGCCUGGCCUCCAAAGCCUUUGCUCCGGGGGUCCUUGCAUCUGCCCCGUGUAUGGUGACCUCCCUCCAACGAUCAGAGACGUGGACCUUGGAGAAUGUCGCAGUCUUUGUGAGUCUUUCCCGGCGUUCUUCUUUUUAUUUAACAACAACGUAAACAACCCUUCGUCAUACUGCGAGUGCUGCGAAACGACUGACACCGCAGAACUUCCCGUCGCCCCCCAAUUCAGUACCGGAACGACGUACGAGGUUGUGCGUGGUGAUCCUGGAACCUUGCAAGACCUAUGUUCAGGUGAAAACUGCGUAUGUGACGAUGUCAAAAACGACACACAGAUGUUCAAUCUGGAUAGCACACAGUGUGCAAAUGUCUGCUACCUUCAGGAUCCGCCUUUGCUGACCUUCUCUAUCAUUACUUUCAACGACCCUGAGGGCUACUCUGAUGGGCGGACAGGAUCAAAUUUUAACGUAUCUUCGGUCUGCAGAUGCUGCAACGGGCCUGCCAAAAAAGCCUAUGAAUUUCCCGAAGAAGGGGUUGCUCAAACCUGGACCAUCACUCCGUUUCCGGCCGGUGCGCAGGGUGAUCCGCACAUCACCACAUUGGAUGGACGCCACUACACGCUGAUGAAACAAGGCAUCUUUUCAUUGUGGCACCUCUCAGGUUUGAGUACUCAGUUCCGUUCAGAGAAUGGUGAGGUGAAGACAGUGCCAGUUGACUGGCAGAUUUACACUCGCUACUCUGGACAGCAAGCCUUUACCAAAGGGCUGUUGCUGGUAGACAAGUCCGGCGGCUCUGUCCGGCAAGUCAUGGAAAUGACGUCUCAAGACUGCCAAUGGCGAGCACGCAAAGCGGACACAGAAUGGACAAUGGUGAAAGAUGAUGAGGUCAUCUCGGUUCCAGACAGUCAGGACUACGUGACUGGAUUCCAAGUCACGACAAAAAGAGGUACAAAAGGCCACAAUCGCGUGCAUUUGAUUGUCAACACAAGGGAUGGCAAGAUGGACAAGGCUGUCCUAAGCCUUAGCUGCAGGGCGCACCAUCACAUUAAUCUUCAGCUGGUGAUGAGACAGAGGCCCGGCUUGGGUUGGGUUUGUAAUUGGCCACUGGACGAUUAUCGCUUCGUAGACGGCGAGCUGAAAGUGGCCCGAGGAUUGUCCACCCUCCAAACGGACACAGAAUUUGCCAUUCACACGAAGUGGGAGGAUCUUGGGGGCAGUCAACCGGCAGCGAAGUACCUCGAAAUGGACCAGGCUGUUUUUGGAGGUAUUGCCCUUUGGCAAAGUUGCAGCAGAGAGGAUGAGGUCCAAGCCCAAGAGAUGUGCUCCAAGCACCUGGGAGAGAUCCAACAUGGAGCUGAUGAGACGGUUUAUACAGAUUGCGUUUAUGAUGUGUGCCAUGGAGCUGGUGAGACUGCUGCAGAACUUGCAGCGGAGCUCCUUGAAUCCACCCGAGCCAUUGAAGGCGUUUAG